CCCCGAACAAGUGCCUGGAUGGAUCCAAACUCCAUCUUGCUUUCUCCUCAGCCCCAGAUCUGCUCCCACCUGGCAGAAGCCUGCAUGGAAGGUGAGAGAAGCUCAUCUCCUCCAGAGCUGGGUAGAGGCUCCCAGUUUCCCUGGAGCCAGGUCCCCAGCUCCAGCCCUGCAGACCCCGAAUGGUUUGGUGAUGAGCACAUCCAGGCGAAGAGGGCCAGAGUGGAAACCAUCGUCCGAGGCAUGUGUCUCUCCCCGAAUCCUCUGGUACCAGGCAGUGCACAAGCUGGGGACAGCCCACGCUGCCCAGAGAAGGCCCGAGAGAGGAAGAGGAAGCAGAGCCUUCCCACACAGCAAGGCCUCCUGAUGCCACUCCCUGCCGGGGACCAGGGCAACAGGAAGGGGGGCCCUCGUGUGAGAGAACAACUUCACCUGCUGAAGCAACAGCUAAGACAUCUGCAAGAACACAUCCUACAGGCUGCCAAGCCCAGGGACACAGCUCAGGGGCCAGGAGGCUGUGGCACCGGGAAAGGCCCUCUGAGUGCAAAGCAGGGGAAUGGCUGUGGGCCUCGCCCCUGGGCUGUGGAUGGUGACCACCAGCAGGGUUCCAGCAAGGACCUCUCUGGGGCAGAAAAACACCAAGAGUCUGAGGAGCCCAGGUUCCUUCCUUCUGGAGCACCAGAUUCGCUGGAGAUUCUGAGGAAAGAGCUGACCAGGGCAGUGUCCCGGGCUGUGGAUUCAGUAUUACAAAAGGUACUGUUGGAUCCACCAGGCCGCCUGACUCAUCUGGGCAGAAGUUUCCAGGGGCAGGUGCCAGAGGGUAGAAGCGAGCCCUCACCUCCUGUGGGAGAGGCCUGUGAAGAUCCACUUGCUUUGGCUGCCUUGCCCAGGAGGGUCCAGCUACAAGCUGGGGUCCCAGUAGGAAAAUUGUCACUGGCCAAGCCUCUAGAUUCUCCUAGGUACCCUAUCCCUCCAAGAAUGAUCCCCAAACGCUGUCAGGAUCUCCCAGCAAACUGUCCCUUGACUGCACCUUCCCACAUCCAGGAAAAUCAGAUUCUUAGCGAGCUACUGGGUUAUGGAUGCAACAAUGGCCAUUGGAGUAGCAGUCCUCCCCAGGACUCAUCUUCCCAGAGGCACCCCUCCUCAGAGCCCGCCCUACGACCUUGGAGAACUACUAAACCACAACCAUUGGUCCUGAGCCAGCAGCAGUGUCCCCUGCCUUUCACCUCUGCCCAUCUGGAAAGUCUGCCCCUUCUUCCCUCAGUGAAGAUGGAACAGGGAGGCCUGCAUGCCGUCACUGAGGCACUGCCUUUCUCUUCGUUGCAUAUCCAGGAAGGUCUAAACCCUGGUCACUUGAAGAAGGCCAAACUAAUGUUUUUCUUCGCACGAUAUCCCAGCUCCAACCUCCUGAAGGCUUAUUUUCCUGAUGUUCAGUUCAACCGCUGCAUUACCUCCCAGAUGAUCAAGUGGUUCAGCAACUUUCGUGAGUUUUAUUACAUCCAAAUGGAAAAAUCUGCCCGGCAAGCAAUUUCAGAUGGUGUCACAAAUCCCAAAAUGCUGGUGGUUUUCCGCAAUUCAGAACUUUUUCGAGCUCUCAAUAUGCACUAUAACAAGGGAAAUGACUUUGAGGUUCCAGAUUGCUUCUUGGAAAUCGCCAGCUUGACGUUACAGGAGUUCUUCAGGGCUGUCUCCGCAGGGAGAGACUCAGAUCCUUCCUGGAAGAAACCCAUUUAUAAAAUUAUUUCGAAACUGGACAGUGACAUCCCAGAGAUAUUCAAAUCUUCCAGCUAUCCCCAGUAG